AUUAUGCCUAAGGGUCAUCCAUCGUAGAGAAAUAAGGCAUUCAAGGGGGAUUCGAAGCGUAGAGCAAAAUAGAAGAGUGAGGGCAAAUUGAAGAAGAAAAUAAAGAAGCAAGAGAUCAAACAAACGAAAAGUAAGGAUGCUCAAUAGGAGAUUCAGAUUGAGAAAUAAGCAAAGAAUUAGGAGUAGAAGGUGAAAGUUGUUAAGACAGUGAACACAAAACUCAUAGCCAUGUUUCCAAUGAAUUAAUAAGCCAACUUAGCUGCAUUAAAGUAUGAGAUGUGAUUAUAUAAAGAUUUCAAUUAAUGUAGCAUCUCAACAUAUAGUCAGUGGGCAUAAGUUCCUAUUGCACUUAGGAUUGUUUUUUGAAUGUAGAGGCAAAUGGGAAAUUAGUAAAAUAGCCUUUAAGAUUUAUAUUCCUAGAUAGAAACCCUGAGUAAAUACUAGAUGCAUGUAAAGUGGCAGACAUAGUAUGUCCAGUUUUGUCUUGCAGAGAUUGCAAUACAAACACAAUAAGUUUGGAUCCUCAUAGCAAUGCUAAUGCAUUUGAUGAGUAGGGUUAUAAGUUGCUUAGCAAUUUGAGAGCCCAGGGUUUAGUUUAAUAGGUGUGCUACAUCUAGGAUUUGGAUGAAAUAGGUCAGAGCAAGAAGAACGUAGUUAAGAAGUUGUUCACAAGAUACUUUGAGAGUGAAUUUCCUGGAUCUCAUAUAGUUGACGAUUGUUCUACUUUGAUGAGGAGUGUCGUAGUAUUGCAUGAGUAAGCAGUAGAAUGGAGAGACACUCGUGGAUACAUGUUGCCUGAUGAUUUGGCUUAUGUGAAUGGAGAGUUGAGCAUCACAGGUACAUGGAGAGGAUAGAAUGGUUUAAGUGCAGAUUAGUUAGUGCAUAUCACAGGAGUAGACGAUUUCCAAAUUGCACGCAUUGAGUUACUGGGGAUGAUUGAGUAAGUAUUUGAAUCAGCCUAACCGGAAUCCCUGGAUCCUAUAUGCAGGGAUAAGAAGCAUGAUAUUGGAGAUUGUGAUGAUCUAUUGAAGGACAUAGCAGGAAUGCAAUUGUAGGAAGAGGAGGAAUAAAUGAUUGAAUAGGAGAGUGAUGUUAGUUAUGAAGAUCUAGACAAAGAGUUUGAGGAGGAAGCUCAAAAGAAGAGAGAGCAAUUUGAGAUAGUGCAUAGAGACGCUGAAGAUUUGGAUUAUGAGGACGAAGUUGAAUAUGGAGUGGAGGUUAAAUUGAGAGAACGAUACGAUCAAUAUUAAGGUUUGAAGAACAUAAGAACUAGUGAAUUCGAUCCUCUGACUUUCUUACCAGAUGAGGCUGAGAAAAUCUACAAUUUCAGAUUCCUGAAAAAGAUUAAGUCAGAUGUCUUGGAGGAAAUGAAGUAGAGUGAAUAAAUAAAGCCAGGAUAGAGAAUCAAAAUUACAUUGAAGAAUGUACCUGAAUUGAUAGUGCAAAGACUCACUCAACCAAACAAGAUAUAUGUUAUUUCCGGGUUGUUGAAACAUGAAAGGAAGAUGACACAAAUGCAUGUGAGAUUUCAUAGACAUUAGAUGCAUAACUGUGUUCUCAAGUCCAAACAUCAGGUGUUUGCUUAAAUUGGAUUCAGAAGAGCUCACAUCAAUCCAAUCUAUUCUCGUAUUCUUAAUGUAAUUUAUACUCAUCCUAUAUUUAGAAUUGCAGUAAGACCAAGUAUGUAAAGGAAAUCAAGGAUGACACAUUUUAUCUGGCAUCCUUCUACUUUUAUAAUUCAUUCCCACAACAACCUGUCAUCUUUUGGUAAAAUGACUUUGAUUUCAGAGGAGGUGAAAUCAUGGGAGUUGGAGACAUUCAGAGAUGUGACACUUUCCAAGUAAUCCUCAAGAGAAUUGUGCUUACUGGAUAUCCAGUCAAAAUAAACAAGAGGAAAGCUGUCAUCAGAAUGAUGUUCUUCAAUCCAGAUGAUAUCAAAUUCUUCAAACCUAUUGAAUUAUCAACGAAAUUGGGAUUGCGAGUACUUCAUUCAUAUCAUUUCUUAGGGAAAUAUCCUAGAACCCUUAGGCACACAUGGUCUAAUGAAAUGCAUGUUCAAUAACUUCGUCAAACCCAAUGAUGUCAUCAGUCUCCAAUUGUAUAAGAGAGUACAUCCUAAAUUUGUGAAUAUUUAAAUAUGA